AUGGAGCUUUUGAAAGUAUAUACUGAUAAGCUGCCGAGGCACCAAAGCAUUGUUGAUAAGCAGACUGAGCAUCAGUGUAUUCCCCAAGAGGGUCAUCUGGUGCGAUCAGUGGCAUUCAGGUCGCGGAGCCAGCAGUUCCUGGAGUGCCCCGACUCCUGCCAGAACCAUGUGGAGCCGCCCCUGCCCUACCGCACCCCGGCCGCCCACCCUCCGUCUGUCGGCAACCACCUCACGCCCAACCACAUUUCCUCCGCCCCCCGCGCCCGCCUCCCGCCGCCCCUCGUCAUGCCCCCCGCCGAGCUCCCCGCCACGCCCCACCGCGUGAACUACCCCUCCUCGCCGCACCCUCAGCGCUACGCCCCACACGCGGCGCUGGUGAACGUGGGCGGCUUCGAGGGCGAGGGCGGUUUCGAGGGCGAGGGCGGCUUCGAGGGCGGCUUCGAGUGGAGGGAGAGGGAGCGCGACGCCGAGCUGGAGAGGGAGCACCGGCGGAGGAUGGGGCGCUCCCUCACAGACCUCCCGCAGAAGGAGGCGUGCGGGGGCGGCGACCUCGACCGCAUUCCCCUCGCCAGGAGCGGGACUCUGCCCAGGUCUUUCGCCAGGCUCAGCGCCGCCCCGCCCAUCUCCACGCCCUCCUCCCCGCCCCCCACCUCCACUGCCGCGCCCAACGCGUCGACCUCGUCCUCGUCCUCCUUCGCCGCCGCCCGCGGGCACAGUAAAGACAGCGGGGGCACGCUUCCGCGGCAGCGCGUGAAGUCGCGGGAGGCGGAGGAGUUCCUGCGCGCGGCGGAGAGCCAAGGGCGCGAGCGGGCCGCCGCCGCCUUUCCGCGGGGCUUGGUGCACCGCAGCCGCAGCGGCCCCAUCCCUGUGGGACCGCUCGAGGGCUCCGGCUGCGGCAUCGGGGCCAGCUGCUGUGGCUGCUGCUCCUGCUACUGCUGCUGCUGCUGCUGGCGCGAGGGGGGCGCCUCGGCAACGCCGCCGUGCACGUGCGCGCCGCCGCCUCGGCCGCGCGUCCUGUCGCUGGCGCCGGCGACGUCGUGGGGGCCGGAGCGCUGGCGCGAGGACCCGCACCUCCUGCCGUCGCGCGCCGCCCCCUGCUCUGCGCCCUGCCCCGCCGCCUGCCCCGCCUCUUGCGCCCUGGCACACUUGAGCGCCUCCUCGCCCAACCUGAAGUACUACCCGCCGGCGGCGCCCGCCCACCACCUGCACCAGCGCACCCUGCCCCGCCACGCCCAUUACCCCGCCCACUACUACAAGCAGCUGCCCGCACAGACGUCGAGGCCGCCCCCGCAGUACUACCUCCAGUCGUACCGACACGAGGUGGCAGCGCCCGCGUACGCCCCUCAGCACCACCCGGCGCAGGAAGGGCGAGGACGGCGGGACGACCCUCGCCUCAACGACCCCAGGCUCAACGACCCCCGCCAUAAUGAACUCCGCCACGACCCCAGGCACAAUGACCUCCGCCAUGACCCCCGGCACGGCGAUCUUAGACAUAACGACCCUCGGAAUAACGACCCCCGGAGCCACAACGACCCUCACCGUCACACGACCCCAGUUUGA